AUGACAAUGACGCCGGAAAUACCCAGGACCAAUGCCGAGAAUGCUGAUUCCAAUGCUGCGCUGGAUAGCCCUGCAAAUGAAAAAAAGAUCAGCGGCAGCAGCCCUAAAUCUGCAAAACCUCCGGGGUCUCAAUCCAAAUUGACUUACAUCCAAAUGGUUACGGAUGCAAUCAUUGCCUUGAAAGAUAGGACAGGGUCGUCGCAGGUGGCAAUUAAAAAGUAUAUUCUUUCGAAGCAUCCUGAAAUGACUCCAGACAAACUCAAAACAAACCUGAACAAAGCUCUCAAGUCAGGUCUCAAGGUUAAUCGCUUUUUAAAAAACAAGGCGUCCUUCAAGAUUCAUCCUGAUUUCCGAAAACAAAUGAAGGCCAAGAAAUCAACAGCUAAGAUAAAAGUAAAGAACGAGAUCACGACAAAGCAAGGAGAAAACGAAGACCGACAGGCUGCCAAAGAGAAAGCUCGCUUAGAUCGAAUCCGCAAGCGAAAGUUUCCAUUAGAGGAUUGGAAACUUGUCGCCGAAGAUAAAGAACUCAAUGUUUCAGUGAAACUUCCUCGGCGACCCGCUUUUGCACUUUUGUUUCCCGAUGCAGCGGCAGCUUGCAAGACAGAUACCAGGAAUUCAGGAUUGAUGGAAGAUGUCUUUGUCGUUUAUCAUUUCUUCAGAGGAGACAUAGGCUGGGGUUUGGACGAAAGCAAACAGGUAGCCCCAUUCACGCUUCAACACCUACUUGAGUGUACACGCCAAAUAGUUCUGGGGUCCGCAAAACGAGCUCGGAUAAUUCCUCCCUUGGUCGUCCACCUCUUUACUGUUGCUUUGCAAAACCUGGCCCCUGAAGUUUUACAAGUUGCCCUUACUGCAGGUAGCUGGUCAGAAGUCCUGGUUCUCUACAUGGACGCAAUGGAGCGAUUCUGUGAGAUUAGUCAAUCUGAAAAUGUGGGUGAACUCACAGGUCACACAAUUGACGUGGACUACUUGUUCGGAGACAGCGAUGAGCAUAGGGACGGAGCACUUCCUGAGUCAACUUCGCAUGGCCCGUAUUAUUUCGACGCAAAGCUCGCAAAGAUUCAUUCGAAGUUGCUUUCUAACGAUCCUUGGAUGCUCAGCGCCGACGAACUGUUUUGCUUGCUCAGAGCUUUGGUUGAUGAUUUGGUUGCGAAUUCAUUGGACGUUGCCUUGGAAUUAGACGAUCGGCUUCAAACAACAACUGAGCUUCUUAAGAACAAGCGUAUUGCUGAUGCCAACUAUCGGAAGCUGCAAACCACUAGAAAUAGGGAACUACUUGAACAGAAGCAAGAAGAGAAAGAAAGAAUCGAAAACGGAAUCAAAGCGACGCGGAGUAAUACAAAGACUUGUUCAGUCAGCGAAGCUCAGUUGGACAGCGCGAAACGAAGCCAGCAAAAAGCUACAAGUCUCUAUGAAAAGGCGAUGCAACAAAAACGAAUUAGAACGCUGCCAAUCGGCUGUGAUCGUCAGCAUAAUGAGUAUUUCCACUUCCAUAACGAUCCUUCAAGGUUGUUUGUUAGAAAACGGGGGAAGACAAUACCCUCUACCUUCCCUUUCAAAUUACAGGAUUUAGAGAGCUUUCGAGGGACUUGGCAAUCUGUUGACGAGCGAUCAGUUCUCGAAGCUGUCAAGGAAUCUUUGGAUGUCCGUGGUGAACGUGAGCUUGGACUGAGUCGUGCUCUUGAACCUGUUUGCAAGAUGGUUUUUGACGAUAUCAAGGAAUCAUCUGAGAUUAAGCAACAGCAGAAGGGAAAGGAAGAGCUUGAGCGUAAGUUGGAGAAUGCCAAGCUCAAGUGUGAAUUUGGACGCAAGAGUGGACGGCUAGUCGCCCAGUCUGAAAAAGAGGUAUUUUCGUUACAAGCGGAGGUGGAUUCGCUUGAGCAUAAUAUUGGCAGCCAGAACAAGAUUGAAGAAGUUGAUGUAGAAGAAAUAACAGGUUUGAAUGCGCUUCGUUCAUUUGAUAAGUCUGGCACUGUCAGCAGGGCUUCCGACAUGCAUUCUAGUGAACCAGAGAACUACAGACCAAUCCAUGUUCAAUGCAGCAACUUAUGGUCCACUGGAGGGAAUAAUGGGACUGGCCUUGUUGGAUGCAUCAUCAGAGAUCUGUUGCAACUGGAAGAGCGCGUUGAAAGGUUGACAAGUGCUACAAGCAUCAAUCGCAGGACUCUGAUUUCAAAUCUUGAAAGUGCUUCUCAGGCCUGGCACGCAAAUAUCGUGUCAUCAGUUGAAAACAAUGUAAAAUCAUCCAGCGCUGGGGAAGAAAAGAAUGAUACAGCCAGCACAACUCCCCGUACUCAAGCACAAACGGCCACAUCCUUGUCUGCCAACCAAAUUCUAACCAUGCUCAAGCAACCUGUAUUGCUUCUAGAAGAUCGUGUGUUUCAGGUCUCGGGAUUAGCUGUUGCAUCACAGGAUGCCGAGGAUGCGGAUGAUAACAUGUCAACGAGCCCAGAAGGAUGCAAAGCUGAGGAACUGGGAUACGAAUGGAAACGAUUGGUGCAUCGCCUUGGUCGUAUUCCGGCAAAAGCCCAUUCAAGAAUUCGUCGCACUCUUGUAGAAGCAAUUUCAGCUGCAAGGAAGGGGCAAAAUGCUGCUGUGGUUGCGGAGCUCAGAGACGCGCUUCUUCAAUAUCAUCCUGGUGCGGCUGGAGCGUGCAAGGCAGCAGCACUUUCAGUCUUGGAACAACACGGCGGAUUCAUUGAAGAAGAUGAUUGUGAUAUCGAGGGAAUUGAAGAUUCUGAUACAAUGAAAACAGAAGCAACAGUGAACGACUUUGCUGCGGCCCUCAGUGCAGAAGCAGUAAUUCUGAGUAGUAGUCUCGAGGGAUGCGAAGAUGCAACUCGCGCGGACUGGAUAAACGCGGUAAAGAGAGCGAAGACUUUCUCCAAACUUGCGGCCUUGGCAGCUGGAUUCCAUACAAAGGCUUCGAAGUUGCUCAACAAAAUGGAAGAGGAACACGAUUCACUUAUGAAGGCCAUCAAAACAUGGGAGAAGGUCGCUGCGUCAAAAGGGCCCUUAAAGAAAGAUAUUGCAGAAUCUUCGGAAGUGUGGGCCGAAGUGAAGCACAAUGAUGAUUUCUGCCUAGCCAAAAUCCCCCCAUUCCCAUGGUGGCCUGCACGAAAAGUUACAGCAAAAGACAAACAUCUAGGCGACGCAUUGCGAAAUUUGGAUCGAUGCUUGGUGUCUUUGGUAGGCGAACUAGGGGGGCUUCGAGUUGUAAAAACUGGAAACAUCCGUUCUUUUUCUGACGAGUUUCCUGGUGACGAGGAUUUGACUUCAUACUCGAAAGAUGUUCAAGAUCAACUAGAUGAUUGCAUGAAGAUGGCACGCCGCAUAAUUCGAGGUCGAUCAAAGACAGGUUGA